UAAAACCCUUCACUGUGGGGAGUGUUCAGCAGAUUCACAAGUGAGUCUAUGAUUUAAUUCUUCAUUACCAGACGAUCUAUUAUCGGGAAUCAUGAUAAUGCUGAAACUCUGGACUCUCCUUCUUGCCUAUGCGCUGAUCAUUUGUCAGAUGUACAUCUCACAGGCAGCUCCAUCCAGAACUAGUAAGGAAUCCAUGUCAGAUGGAGUCACACUAUCGAAUGAUGAAGCGCAAAGGUUACUCAGGGCUAUCAUGGAGUUCAUGCAGAUAACUUCAGAUGAGCAAGACCACCAAACAGCUGAUGGAAAUAGUAAUGCAACAGCACAGAAGCGGGAUUGCAACACAGCCACCUGUGUAACCCACCGCUUGGCUGACUUCCUGAGUCGGUCAGGAGGACUGGGACACAGCAACUUUGUUCCCACCAACGUGGGUGCCCAGGCGUUUGGCAGACGGAAGCGGCGCGGCCCUCUGUGAGCACAACAGCAGAUACAAGGACCAAGUGCCUCCUUUGAGUGACAAAACUGCAUCAUCAUCUGCCUACCACACUUGGAAAUGAGAGCAUAUAUUCUUCACAAACAUUGACUGAUCUCUUGCUUUCAGACUACCACCAGAACGUUGUCAGUAUUCAUUGUUAGUCUGUGCUUAAAAACUGCGAAAUAACUAGCAUUGGUGUCAUCGUCAUCAUGGAAAGGUAACUGAGAAGAUAUUUUCUGAGAAUGGAUUUCUUCUCUGUCUUGGCCUGUGACUCAACUGCACUUCUGGCCUGUGUCUGCAGUACAGUUUGUCAUACUGUACGUCUGCACUACCAACAAAACAACUGUGGCUGUCUGGUGCCUUGAUGUAAAACACUUCAUUACAUUUCAUUAAAGUGCACAAUGCAAGUGUGAAAAAUGUACUCAAGACUCUAAAUAUUGUAAUAAUUGUGAAUUGAAAGCAGGAAUAAAUUGUAUUUUAGCUACAUUAGCCUUUCAUGUCUUACUGUAGUUUUAUUUGGUUGGGUGAUAAAAGCUGUAAACCAUACUGAGCUUUCCAGCAGCACUAUAAAUCAAAUGUUAGGCUAUAUAUGACAUUCACUUUUCCGUUUUCAUGUAAAUAGAGAGGACAUAUUGCAUUCACUACACAUUUCUUUAAUAAAACACUUUCAUGUGUUGUAAACUGUA